AAGAAAUCAGGAAAGAAGCCUGAUGAAGAGCACUGCUGAGGAGGAAGCAAGGACAUUUUUCUGCUGUAACCAGAAAACCAGUGGGACUAUCCACUAGCUCCCAUUGGAUGAAGGUCUUAGUCUGCUCCUCAGUCUCAGGAUGACGGUUACUUAUUCCAGUAAAGUCGCCAACGCCACCUUCUUCGGUUUUCACCAGCUGCUGCUGCGCUGGAAGGGGAGCAUCUACAAGCUGCUGUACCGAGAGUUCAUCCUGUUUGCUCUGCUGUACACCGUCCUCAGCGUCGUAUACAGGAUUGUCCUCUCCGAGGAUCAGAAGAGACUGUUUGAGAAACUUUCCAUGUACUGUGACAAAUAUGCUGAACAGAUCCCCGUCACCUUCGUCUUGGGUUUUUAUGUGACUCUGGUGGUGAAUCGGUGGUGGAAUCAGUUUGUUAACCUGCCCUGGCCGGACAGACUCAUGUUCCACAUCUCCAGCUGUGUUCAGGGUAAAGAUGAAUAUGGCCGCCUGCUGCGCCGGACGUUGGUACGUUACGUUAACCUCACGUCGCUCCUCAUCUUCCGCUCCGUCAGCACGGCUGUCUGCAAACGAUUCCCGACCAUGGAUCAUGUGGUCGAGGCAGGUUUCAUGACACCUGAGGAGAGGAAGGUGUUUGAGAACAUUCGUUCUCCUCACCUGAAGUACUGGAUCCCUGUUGUCUGGUUCUCCAACCUGGCGUCUAAAGCUCGGCAGGAAGGACGCAUCCAAGACAGCAUCGACCUGCAGAACAUUCUCAACGAAAUGAAUCGCUUCAGGACCUGGUGUGCGACUCUUUUUGGCUACAACUGGGUCGGUGUCCCUCUGGUUUAUACACAGGUUGUCACUCUUGCUGUCUACACCUUUUUCUUUGCUUGUCUAAUUGGUCGACAGUUUCUUGACCACACCCGUGGUUACCAAGGUCAUGACCUUGACCUGUACGUCCCCGUUUUCACCUUGCUGCAGUUCUUCUUCUACUGUGGCUGGCUUAAGGUAGCAGAGCAGCUGAUCAACCCGUUUGGCGAUGAUGACGAUGACUUUGAGGCAAACUGGAUCAUCGACAGGAACCUUCAGGUGUCUCUCCUGGCAGUGGAUGAGAUGCACAUGAACAUGCCUCACAUGACCAAAGACAUUUACUGGAAUGACUGCGAUGCACGGCCACCAUACACGCUGGCUGCUGCAGACUACUGCAUCCCCUCAUUUCUUGGCUCCACCACCGACAUGGGUCUCUCGGACAUCCUGCAGUUUGACGACACUGAUGUUAGCCACGACCAUCAGCGGCAACAGGACUAUACUUUGCCGCGGCGCCAAGAGUCGGUUUUGGGUCGGGUCCGCCGUCUGCUUAGUGUUCAGGAACCUCCUGACCUCCGACCCCCUCGACCCAUCUUCAAACGACAUAGCAGUGAUGCAACUGGCAGUUUCUUCCCAGAUGUCAGGGUCAAUGCAGGACCAGGGAUCAAUGUUCCACUGUCCUCGCUGUUCAUGUCUCAGCCUUCCAUGGACACUUUGUCCACCUUAAGGGAGGUCAACAGCAACCCACCCUCACCGGAAAGCUCCAUUUCUGUUUUCCCCCAGCUUGUCAUCAGCCCUCCAUUAUGUGGCGAUGUUUGUCAAAAUGUGGAUUCGUAUACCAAACCUCAGAAUGGCCUGAAUCCUUCCCCCACUGAUGAAGCCCCAGGCUCAGAAACCCUAAGGACUGCGUCCUCUCUCUGUUGUUCCCCCACUCAACUUGGGCCCAAAGAAUUUCGGUGGACAACUGUCAAUGGCUAUAAUCGUCAGCCAACCAAACCACGGGGGCGUCAGUUCUCACUCCAGUUCUCCAGGCAGACUUCAAAGGCAUCGGUCCGCAGCCUGCCAAGUCCUAAAGGACUGGGGCGGCGGAGAAAAGGACUGGCUCGAUUCCAGUCCAGGAGAUCCCCUGGUCCAACCUCAGACACUCUGCAGCUCCCUGACCCCGAUUACGACUUCCAGGGAAUAACAGGGACUCAGGAGGAUGAGAAGGAAGAAACCAACGACAAUGAAGAGGUCAAAAACACCAGCUCCCAAUCAGAGAGUUUCGAAAAGAAAUAAGAACCAGCCACAACUUCAGCUGUUCAGUAAGACCAAGUGGAGUAACAUGAAUACCCACGUUGCCUAAGAAGAAGGCUCUUUGUUGUUGUUGUUUUUAACCCUCUCAGGCUCAGAUUACGUUUUCUGCUGCCAAUGCACAACCAAGUCCUGCAGUGGUACUUCUGAGUAAAAAAAACUCAUAAAAUAUGUAUGUGGGGUAAUCAGGUUGUUAGUUUUUAACUGUUGCAAAUCUGCAAAGCCUGCCCUGAGAGGGUUAACCAAAAAUACUUGGAAAACAGGAUAUACAUGGCCUCUUAAGGGAUGUAUUUAAGCUAGGUUUUGGAGUUUAUCAGUUGUUGCCACCAUGAUCUAUCAAAAAAUAAACCCCAAACAACUAUUCUUCAGUUCUAGCAUGACCCCCCAUUUUAAUCCUGUGAGGUUUAACUUAUUAUUAAAGAUAAAUACUCCUGACCCCGCUGACAAUGUUUUUAUAGCAUGUAGUGUUUUUUUAAGAAAUGUUCUCCCAAGCUUCGUCAUUGUAGCAAUCAAUCAUUUAAUAAUUAAAUCAAUCAUUGUAGGAAGACACAUCAAAAACAGUUUACACCCAUAUUGUUGUAUUUUUAUACAACGAUAUAUUUAUGCCCAAUCUUAAUUACUUGACUGAAAUACCUUGGACAUUGAACAAGUUUAAAACUGUAAAUAUUACCUUCAACUUGUACUAAAUGGUGAACUUCAAAUUUAAAAUGGGAAAUCAUGAAUCACUGUUAUGAGCCAGACUCUGGAGCGUUAAACACUGAAAUCCAUCACUUAGAUCAUUCAUUUUGCCAUCUCAAUUCAGGAUCUUCAUCCAGGUCAACUGCUGAUUUAAGCUAAUUAUCUGCAUAUUCAUCUACAGUCCAAAUGCAUAUUUUUUUUCAUAAAGAUGCAUAGAAAUUGUGCUUUUUAACUCACUAUAUGGUGUUUUGUGUGAAUUUUCUUUUCCCUGAAUUUGUGUAUCAGAAUUUUCAAAUUGAGCAUAGCCCAUUGAGACAUUAAGUAGCACUUUAAAAAGAAAUUUGCUGGAAUUACUCUUUAAUCCUGGUAUUCCAAAGAUUACAAAACCCCCAUAAAUGAUUCCUUAAAAAAAUUAGAAAUUAGGCAAAAGGAGACAAAAUAAUCAACAAUUAGUAGAGUUGAAACCUAUGCAAAAGUAAACAAAAAAACAAAAAAAAAACAAGCCUAUGUUUCUUUGUGAUUUUUCUAGCUGAAGAAUAACUUCCAGCCCACAUGAGAACAUUUCAAGUUAGCUGUUUAUACUGAAAGAAUGGGGGUUCUCAUCCACUUCAAUAAAGUCUUCUUGGAUGCCAUCUGGUGGCCAUUAGAGGAACUGUAACACUUAAUGAAACACUGGUACUCAGGGGAGAAGAACAAAAUCUUCUUUCUUUGUGUGAUUACUAUAAAUCACACAUGCUUUUGUAAAUGUAGACAAAGUGAUGAAUGUACAAUCUCUGUUGCUGCUUUUAAAUCUCCAAUAACUGUACUU